UCGGAACAAGUUUAUUUGUUUUUGUAAUUUAAUAAAACGUUAAAAUAAUUAACAACAUUCCAGAUUUUAUUUUUGUAAUCUACGAAAGUGCUAUAUACGUACCUUUAUUUUGCCUUACUUUGUGUUUAAUAUAAAAAUAUGUCUCUGUUGGAUGUUGACUCAUGGUCAAGAGAAUGCGAGGCAUGCUCAACACUUAAUCAGAAUAUUAUACAAAAAUUGGAAAUACGUGAAAAGCGUCAAAAAAAUUCUUUCGAAUAUAAUCGUCUCACAACUGCCAUACAAACUGAGCUAAAGCAGUUCGAAGGUGAAGUCAAGGAGCUUAUUCAGAAGCUUAAACUUUUAGAAGGCGCGGGAUCCAUAGAACCCGAUGAGCUCUACCAUAGAAAGCAACAAGUGGAAGCCCUUCGAAAUCAAUUGGCGCAAGUGAACCGAAAGAUAACGCAGGAUACGCGUGGAGAGCGUGCGGAAUUGUUUGCUCAACCGCCCAAUUAUUUGAACAAUAGACCUGAAAGUUCUAAUGGAAGCACAAGCCCCGCAGAAAAUGCCAAUGAUGUAAACACCUUAAAGAACCGUCAAAUCGAUAUAUUAGAGCGACAAAACCGCGGCUUGGAAGUUUUAUCUCAGACAAUAUCGAGACAACGAAGUCUCGCUUCACAGUUGGGACAAGAAGUCGAAAAUCAAAAUGAUAUAUUGGAUAAUUUGGCCGAUACUAUGGACAGAGUUGACGCUCGUGUACAUGUCGAAACAGGAAAUAUUGGCGACAUAAAUCGAAGGGAUAGUACAUGGGGUUACUGGCUAGUUAUCAUCAUUUUAUUUGUUGCCAUUGUUAUUGUAGCAGUUAUUUAAAAUGUGGGUGUCUACGGAAUUGGUGUAUAUUUUUUCAUAUAAUUUUACAACGGUAUUAACGGAACAUAAAAAAGUGUAUUUAAAAUAUUGUAAAUAAUUGUUGGCGAUUCGCAUUUGCAAUGAUUGGAAAGUCUCUUUUACCAAAGCGUGAAUAACACGAUAAACUUGUAGGGUAUCUUCACCGAACAAAACCUUAAAAAAUUUGUAUGGCAUUCGCCAUUUAUUUGCGUCUUAAAAAUAAGUUUGUAUCAACAUAAAAAGUUUCGUAAAUAAAACACAGAUUUUUUGAUCCUCUUAUA